AUGUCGCUUCCAGCUAAAAGAGGCUUGCCUGCCACAGCUCUACGACCAGGUCUCACUUCCUUACACAAGGGUCGCACGAGUCAACCUCUUCAUCGACACAGCUUCUCAACAUCGCACUCAUCCUCCGCGACCUCAUCACAAUCCCAGACAUUCUUCACCUCGGACGAUCUGCUCCUCCAAUCUCUUCGUCGACGACAACAGUCCUACCGUCUCACCUCCACCCCUCCUCGCAAGAAAGCCGAUCAGCUCGAAGCAAUCAGCUUGGCCAAAGCCGAGAUCCGUUGGGCCGUACAGCACGUUCGAUCUCGUCAGUCCCAGAGCGACGACGGCAAGCAGGUGCUGAACCGCGAGUCUCGUCGACGGCUGAUAUCGAUGGUGAUGCAAAUGACGCGCGAGAACGUGCCGCUGUCGUACUUGCUGGGAAGUGUGCCGUUCGGGGGCUUGAAGCAAGAGCUGCUGGUGAGGCCGCCGGUACUUUUGCCACGGCCAGAGACGGAAGAUUGGGCUACGGAAGUCGUCGGUGCUUUGAGGAAGCUAAAUACAACUCAGUUGGAGAACGUUCGCAUCGUGGAUCUUUGCACUGGGUCAGGGUGCAUCGCGAUUCUCAUCGCGGACGCACUUCGAUCGCUCCUUCCGGAAGGGAAGUGGAAAGUUGUAGCGUGCGAUCGGUCGCCGCUCGCCGUAGAGCUGGCGAUUGAGAACGCGAGAAAGCUCGGCUUCACAGUCAACAACGACGAUUCAAACAUCUCCAUCGUCGAAGCCGAUAUUUUCGACGACCGGGAUAUGGACAAACUCGCCAAGAUCGCAGGUGGUCCGUUCGAUCUGAUCGUCAGCAAUCCGCCGUACAUCCCAAGAAGAGAGUGGGAGGCGUUGGACAAGGAAGUCAAGCUGCACGAGGAUCCGUCAGCACUGAUAGGAGAACGAGCGUCUGGUGCUGGAGAGGAGCUGGAUGCGAGGCAAGCGUAUCUUAAUCGACACGGGUUGUCCUUCCAUCAGAGGCUCGCUGAGUUGCUCUACCGACCGAUGUUUUCCACUUCGAGGCCGCCGAUACCGAGACUUGUGGCAGAAUACGGUGAAGGUCAGCAAAAACAGGUGGAGAGGCUACACGCCGAGCUCGAAGCGCCGAAGCAUCGUCUUCCGAGACUGGUGCGGGUCGAGGGUCAGAUGGUGGUGGUGGGCGUGGGAAACGCAACGACGCAUCCGUUGACACGCCAUUCGAUCGGACAGGUGGUGCUGGAUCCACUGCUCAACGGGUUGAUCGAGCAGGAUCGAAAGGUCAGAGCUAGGCUGAAGGAGGUGAGGAAACAGCUAGAAGCAACGAGGUUGGACGCAUUGGAAAGCGGUCGCUUCGUCGGGAUGGAUAGACCGGAUUGGUGUGAAUCCGUACUAUCGACUCUUUCCGUCGCGUCAUCUGGAGCAAGCAGAGUCGCGGAUGUCGACCUCGACGGAUCUCAACCCGACACACCAUCGCGUCUCACCAAACACAGGUCGGGAGGAUGGUCGACCACCCUCACUCUCCUCAUCCCGUCUUCUCCGACCUUCUUCACCUCUCGCGACCCAUCCACGCAGACCGUCUACUCGAUCGACGUGUCGCUGUACAAGCCUUCGCAACCGAUGAACCUCUCUGGUGUUGGGCUGAAAGCGUUCCUCUCCUCCUUCCAGCGUUCCAAUCACGCCACUUCUGAUCACAGCAAUCAAGGAGCACAUCCAAUCUCCGACAACAUACUAGUUCUACAAGACGAACUCGAUCUACCAUUCGGUCAUGUCAAGAGAAAAGACUUUGGUAGCGCAAGAGGUCACAACGGUAUCCGCGACAUCCUCGAUCGUCUCGAAAUCCCUCCUUCUUCUCCUCCUCCUCCCCUUGCUGCUUCACCAUCAAAACAUCGCAACAAAUCCGUAGACUCAACAGCGGUUGGACCGAAACUCUCUCGACUACGAAUUGGAAUCGGUCGACCGGAAACUAUCCCAGCACCGAAAAAGAAGGAUAGCUGGUUGCCAGCUUCGCUUCAGCCGAAGGAGAUGCGUGUGGAUCGUUGGGUGUUGUCGCGCUUGACGCAGGCCGAGUUGGACAGCUGUACGAGUGCAGGUGGUGCGGAUGGCGUGAUUGAUCAGGUGCAAUCGCUAGCACUUCAGUGGUUGGCAGAACAAGGUGCGUCUCUCACCGAGAUGGAACCUCAGCAAAUGGAAAGAGUCAGCUCGAGGAAGGAUCAGUUCGGUAUCUUUCGCACCGUCUGGGUCAAUUGA